AUGUCAGAUCCGAGGAAAACCAUGACCCCACCUGGCAAAAGCUUGAAAAGACCCACUCGAUCCCCUCUUCAAGAACUCGAUGAUGACGAAGACCUCGAGCUUCAGGAAGCUUCCGGAUCAUUUCAAGGUGGAGCAGUUGCUCAGAUGGCUAAUGUGGUUCGUAGCGAAAUCCAGCGUGCGCUAGCUCCGAUGGAGCAGCAGCUGAGCCACAUUCAUGUUUCCUUGGGCCAGAGGGUGCAGGAAAUGGAAAACACAAUGUCGCAGCAGAGCUACCGAAUUGAGAAGCUGGAAAAGUUGUUUGAGAACGAGGGGACUCCGCGGUCCACGACAUCAGAGAAAGAUAUGUCUUUGGAAAAGAAGAUUGCGGAUUUGCAAAACCAAUUGUCAGCAUUGAAGCAACUAGACACCAACUCGCAACCAGAUCACAUGCGUACCAUGGUGGUCGGAGGACUAGGAGGCUUCUCGUGCACACAGGAAGCAACAAGUUGGCUCACGGACAAGCUCAGCAUGUUGAAUAGCCCGCCACACAUUGGGAGUUACAUCAAGUCGCAAGAUUUCCGUGGCUUGUUGUUCGCCAAGUUCAAGUCCACAGUGGACCGUGAUACAGCUGUUGCAUUGCUCAGAAGUGCUGAAGUCUUCGAGCAUGGUAACAGGGUAUGGGCAACACAGGAUUUGCCGCUUGAAAAACGUGCUCAGAAAGUUUUCUUGAUGGGGUUACGCUGGCAGCUUGGCGAGUGGGGCUUUGUCAAGCGUGAGAUCGAGCUUGAUGCAAAUUAUGCUUGGUUGAAAAUCGGUCCCAAAGUUGUUGUCAAACUUGCCAUUACCAACGGCAGGUUGCACUGUGAUUGGGAAGACACGUGGGCACAAUGGGCAGACUUCCAAGACAGCAACGAGUUGAAUCAGCUUGUGGAUCGUGCCAAUGAUAUGUUGCAGAAAUCGUCAACGAGAAAGGGGCAUGGCAAAAGCAAGCAUGCCGUUGCCGACACCGAGACGUACAUACAUGAGAGUUCCAGCAAUGGUGGGUGCUUGCAUGAGUUGGUGGUGUAUACAAAAAAUGCUCGUUUACAUUCCGAUGCAAAAUUUGCAGAAUUGCUUGGUGAACUACAUGACAUUGGUGACACGUGGGAUGUUGUCCUUUUCAGCGAAACGAGACGGGCAUCUGGUGCAGUUGAUCUUGAUGGGCGACAUCGAUUGUACUCUUCACAUCAGCCGACUUCAUGUGCAGGAGUCGCGAUUCUAGUUCAUGAACGACAUUGCAAACAUGUGAAGCGAACAGUUGUCGUCAAUGAGCGCUUGAUGUAUGUGGAUGUCACAACUUUCAACAAAACUGUCCGAUUUGCAGCCGUUUACAUGCCACAUGCGGGUUAUCCUGACCCUGAUUUGCGGCUUGUGUAUGAGCGUUUGCAUCAGAUUUUGGAAGAUGCUAGAUCCAAGUCUUUUGCAUGUAUCGUGGGAGGUGAUUUCAACACGCAGCUACAUGUGGGCCUACGUGGUGAUUUGUUGCAACAGACAUUGCACAUGUAUCAAUUGCACGUUGCAAAUGGUGACUCGGAACCUGACAAUUCGUGGACAUUUUGCAGUUCUAUGGGAAUCAAACGUCGCAUUGACUACAUUCUUUACACGCGGAACAUGUCUGCUCGACAUGCUGAGGCGUCAGACGAUUUAGAUUUGGGUUCCGAUCACAGGUCGGUGGUAGCAAAAUUUCACAGAUUGAAUUUCCGUCAAAGCAAGCGACGGAACAACCAUCAUCGUGUGCAGUACGAUUGGAGUCCUGAUCACAUUGUUCGUUAUCAAAGAUCUUUGACGAACAGCUUGGCCAGAGAGACACCAACAUGUUUUGCUGAUAUCGAGUCGUGUGUCGUGACUUGCGCUCAGGAUGUGGAACGCCAGACAGUUGUUAGCGAACCCAAGCUUUGGCAGAAACCGAAAUUGCAAAAUUUGAUGAGACUUCGUCGCGGUUGCCGUGACAAGGUGGAACGUUGCAGAUUGUCCAAGGAGAUUCGAACGGAGUUGCGACGUGAGAUGCGCCAAAAGCGAAAUGCAAAGUUAGAUUCCGUUCUACGGGAGUUUAAAGACUUCAGCCGCUUGGAGUCUGUGUGGCAUGAUCCCGUCAAGUCUUCCCGAUCUGUUCGCGCUCAAGAUCCUUCUCCACAUGAUUUCGCCGAAUAUUUGUCGGGUAUCUUUGCUGCAGAUGAGGACAAUGGCCAACAUGUAGCAUCCAGACGGGGAUUUCACAUCCCGGCCUUCACCUUGACAGAAUUGAAGUAUGCAUUACACCGUCUUCGCAAAGGUAAAUCAGCUGAUUCGCAGGGUGUGGUUUUGGAAAUGCUGUGUUAUGCUCCCGAUGACCUCUUAAUUCCCCUUUUGGAGUUAUACAAUCGGUUCUUGCAAGAUGGACGCAUGGAUCCAUCGUGGAAACAUACAGUAUUCACAAUGUUGGCUAAGAAAGGAGACAGGUCCAACGUGCAAAACUGGAGGCCUGUUGCUUCGCUGAAGAUGAUUUACAAAGUGCUGUCCAAAUUGGUGCAUGGACGAUUGCAACCCCUUUUGGACAAAGAGCAAUCAGUUGAGCAAAUGGGAUUUCGACCCGGCUCUGGCGUUGAUCAUGCGUUAUGUGUAUUUGACAGUGUAUGUGCAAAGGCGAUCGAAUUCGACUGCGAUGUUUGGUUUGCCAGCAUUGAUUUACGAAAAGCUUUCGACCAAAUCCAUCAUGAAAGCUUAUUCAAGGCAUUGCAAGAGCAAGGAGUUCCCACUGAGUACAUCGCUUUGUUGAGGACUUUGUAUUCUCAACAAACUGGAUCUGUCGCUGAUAGCCGUGCUUUUCCAAUUCGACGCGGAGUGAAGCAAGGUGAUGUCAUCAGUCCUAUUUUGUUCAAUGCUGGGCUAGAACACGCAAUCAGGAUGUGGAAGGCACGUUUGAUUGACCAUGGCAUCGACAUCGGCUCUACCGCGAAUUUGACUAAUGUGCGUUUCGCUGACGAUUUAAUGAUUUAUGCCAAGUCGUGGCGUGAGCUUGUUAUCAUGCUGGAGUCAUUGGAGGCUGACUUGGCGUCAGUUGGCUUAUCGUUGAAUGCAGCGAAAACUCGAAUUUUCACAACAGCCAUUUCGCCAGAGGUUGCUUACAUUGACGUUGGCGGUGAAAUGAUCCAGGUUUUGGGUGACGGAGAGACACAUAUGUACCUUGGACGGAAAAUUUGUGGCGACCUUCGACGCCAAUCAAGAACAGAGCUGGCGCAUCGUAUCAGUGCAGCGUGGGGAAAGUUCAAUAAGCUGAGAUUCAUAUUCGUGAACAAGCACCUGUCAAUCAAAGGCAGAUUGAAGCUUUUCAAUGCCGUGGUCACUCCUACGGCACUGUUCGGACUUUCUACACUGGCACUGACGGCGCGACAGCUGGAACAGCUUGAUAUAUGCCAGCGAAAGAUGUUUCGAAGCAUUGUUGGAUGGAGUCGCGACGCAGAUGCAACUUGGGAAGAGACGAUGCGACGCAUGAAUGCCCGGGUAUCGUCUGCUCUCAGGCAACAUCCUGUUCGUAAUGAACCUGACUGCGAAGAAUGCUUGGCCAUUAUGCGCUGCAACCUGGAGUCCGUCAUCCCAGCACAAUUUCAAUAG